AUGCGAGGUCUUUCUCAGCAACUACUACGACGAGCAAUGUCCUCAUCUGCUGCACCAACACGUCACAAAUUCUUUGUUCACGCUCCAGACAAGACUGACCCCGAUGCCUUCUCGCGACGUCUUGCUGUCCGCACCAAACAUCUUGAAGUUGCAAGGAAAGCUAUUGAUGACGGCCGCAUACGUGUCGCUGGUGCUCUUUUGACGCCAGAGUCACUUGCCUCCGAAAACAAGACGAUGAUCGGUUCAACGUUCAUCAUCGAGGCGGAGACUAUCGAUCAGGUGAAGAAGAUGAUAGAGGAGGACAUAUACUAUACCACUGGUGUGUGGGACCCUGAACGGAUUGUCAUUCUGCCCUUUGUCGCAGCGACAGCCUUCCCGUGA